AUGGAAGAAUCCCUGUCUGACAUAUGCUCGAAACUUUGGGAGCUCGACAAGAACCGUUUCGAGAAAGGGAGGGACUACAAAAUCAAUCUGAAGGAUUCGGGCAAGGGUGCUAAACUGUUCUCUUAUGUGGAUGUGAAAAAGUUGGCCAACACUCCGACGUACCAAGCCUUUCUUCAGCUGCUGGACAACUAUGAGUCCGAAACUUCUGUACCCGAGGAGGUAACAGCCGGAAAGAUAAACAAGAGUCGAGCUUUCUUAAAUCGAUGUCUGGAGACGGACGUCAUGAAAAAAGCACACUCCUUCUUGUUGAGUAAAGGCCUGGCGCCUCAAGGUUACAAGAAGGCAUUUAAGGAGAAACUGUACGACCUGUGGUUCGAGCUGCAUUCAAGGAAGGGACAAGACGGAACAAGACGUGAUGUAUCGGCGUUUGAACACACCUUCGUGGGAGAGACGUGCGGUGGUCAGGUUAUUGGCUUCCACAACUGGGUCCAGCUAUAUGAGGAGGAGCGUCAGGGGUGCCUCAGAUACAAGCGCUGUAAGCCCCAGGCUUGUGACGACCGCAUCAUCACGAUUGAUUUCACCUGGGAUAACAACAACAAAACUUUCGGCAGCUUCUUUCUGGGCACGAGCCCGGAGUUUGAGCUGGCCAUCUACACCGUCUGCUUCCUCGCGAGACCCAAGAAAAGCAAUCCAGAGACGCUGGUCAUUCUUGGGAACAAGAGAGCCCAUAUCAUCACGAAACCUGUAAAAUCGUGUGAAGAUCACAUUGGGACUUGUUAUCCCAAGCUGCCCGAGGCCUUCCCACCGAUACAGGGACGGAUCCAAAUCCCUAGAAGUCAUGACGUUCACAUCCCCAUCGAUUCUGAAGAUGACGAGGAGCUCGAGGACCAGCCAGAAAAAAUCAGAGUCAUCAUCCCCAAGAAUCAAUUACCUUCAAGAAAUGGCGAGGUCCCAAUAGCCAUCGACCACGACGAGGACUUCCUUCGCCGAAGACAUGACAGGAAACCGACGAAAGAUCCAUGCUGCAUUAUUCUUUGA